CCCCACCCCACCGCUACCGCCGCCGCUCUUCUCUUCCGCCGAUUCCGAGAGCGACGGGGCGUCUGUGACAUGCGAUCGCUUGCCAAGUGACGGUCCCCGAGUGUGAAGUGCCCGCGAGGAAGUGUGAGCUCCGACGCGGGCGGCAAGGGGAUGACAGCCAUGAAGCAGGAGCAGCAACCCACCCCGGGGGCCAGGGCAACCCAGUCGCAGCCAGCCGACCAGGAACUAGGAAGUAACAGCCCUCCACAAAGAAACUGGAAGGGAAUUGCCAUUGCCCUGCUGGUGAUCCUGGUAGUGUGCUCACUCAUCACGAUGUCUGUCAUCCUGUUAACACCAGAUGAGCUAACAAAUUCUUCAGAAACAAGACUGUCACUAGAGGAGCUUUUGGGGAAAGGGUUUGGACUUCAUAAUCCAGAAGCUCGGUGGAUCAAUGAUACAGACGUGGUAUAUAAAACUCACAAUGGACACGUCAUGAAACUGAAUACAGAAACCAAUGCUACCACAUUGUUAUUGGACAAUUCAACUUUUGUAACAUUUAAAGCAUCCAGACACUCACUUUCCCCAGAUUUAAAGUAUGUUCUCCUGGCAUAUGACGUCAAGCAGAUUUUUCAUUACUCAUUUACCGCUUCAUAUUUGAUUUACAACAUACACACUGGGGAAGUGUGGGAGUUGAAUCCCCCAGAAGUUGAGGACUCAGUGUUGCAGUAUGCGGCCUGGGGUGUGCAAGGACAGCAGCUGAUUUAUAUUUUUGAAAAUAAUAUCUACUAUCAACCUGAUAUCAAGAGCAGUUCUUUACGACUGACAUCUUCAGGAAAGGAAGGAAUUAUUUUUAAUGGGAUUGCUGACUGGUUAUAUGAAGAAGAACUUCUGCAUUCUCAUAUUGCCCACUGGUGGUCACCCGAUGGAGAGAGACUCGCCUUCCUGAUGAUAAAUGACUCCUUGGUUCCUAACAUGGUUAUACCUCGAUUUACUGGGGCACUGUACCCCAAAGCAAAGCAGUACCCGUACCCCAAGGCAGGUCAAGCGAACCCAUCAGUGAAGUUAUAUGUUGUAAACCUGUAUGGACCAACUCAUACUUUGGAGCUGAUGCCACCCGACAUUUUUAAAUCAAGAGAAUAUUACAUCACCAUGGUUAAAUGGGUAAGCAACACCAGGACAGUGGUCAGGUGGUUGAAUCGGCCUCAGAACAUCUCCAUCCUCACAGUCUGUGAAUCUACCACUGGGGCGUGCAGUAGGAAAUAUGAGAUGACAUCUGACACCUGGAUCUCUAAACAGAAUGAGGAGCCAGUGUUUUCCAGAGAUGGAAGCAAGUUCUUCAUGACUGUUCCUGUCAAACAAGGUGGAAGAGGAGAAUUCCACCACAUAGCUAUGUUCCUGGUCCAGAGUAAAAGUGAGCAAAUUACGGUGCGGCAUCUGACAUCAGGAAACUGGGAAGUGAUAAGGAUCUUGGCCUAUGAUGAAACAACUCAAAAAAUUUACUUUCUGAGCACAGAAUUUUCUCCCCGGGGGAGGCAACUAUACAGUGCUUCUACUGAGGGACAAUUGAAUCGCAAUUGCAUCUCAUGCAACUUUAUGAAAGAAGAUUGCACAUAUUUUGAUGCCAGCUUUAGUCCCAUGAAUCAACAUUUCUUGUUAUCUUGUGAAGGUCCAAGGGUCCCAGUGGUCAGCCUUCACAGCACAGACAACCCAUCAAAGUAUUUCAUCUUGGAAAGCAAUUCUAUGAUGAAAGAAACUAUUCAGAAGAAGAAGCUCGCAAAGAGAGAGAUUAGAAUACUUCACAUUGAUGACUAUGAACUUCCUUUACAGUUGUCCUUUCCCAAAGAUUUUGUGGAGAAUAACCAGUAUGCUCUUCUAUUAAUAAUGGAUGAAGAACCAGGAGGCCAGAUGGUGACAGAUAAGUUCCAUGUUGACUGGGACUCAGUUCUUAUUGACACCGAUAAUGUCAUUGUAGCAAGAUUUGAUGGCAGAGGCAGUGGAUUCCAGGGCUUGAAAGUUUUGCAGGAGAUUCACAGAAGGAUAGGCUCAGUGGAAGCAAAGGACCAAGUUGCAGCUGUAAAAUAUUUACUGAAACAGCCAUAUAUUGACUCCAAAAGAUUAAGCAUUUUUGGAAAGGGAUAUGGGGGCUACAUUGCAUCAAUGAUAUUAAAAUCAGAUGAGAAAUUUUUCAAAUGUGGAACCAUUGUUGCACCCAUCUCAGACAUGAAGUUGUAUGCUUCAGCUUUCUCUGAGCGGUUCCUUGGUAUGCCAUCAAAGGAAGAAAGCACGUACCAGGCAUCCAGUGUACUGCAUAACAUUCAUGGUUUAAAAGAAGAAAAUUUAUUAAUCAUUCACGGGACUGCUGAUACAAAAGUUCAUUUCCAGCAUUCAGCAGAAUUGAUCAAGCAUCUGAUAAAAGCUGGGGUGAAUUACACUCUGCAGGUCUAUCCAGAUGAAGGAUAUCACAUUUCGGACAAGAGCAAGCAUCAUUUUUACAGCACAAUUCUCAGAUUCUUCAGCGAUUGUCUAAAGGAAGAAGUGUCUGUGCUGCCACAGGAACCAGAAGAAGAUGAAUAAUGGACUAUCCUUAUACAGAGCUGAAGGGAAUAUUGAGGCUCAAUGAAACUGAACCAAGAGACUGUCUUGUUGUAGACGCUCCAGAAGUCUAAGGGCAGCUUGAGGAGAUAAACCUGGAACAGCACACUCAGACAGUAAACUAGAACUUGGAGACAGACGUUGUCACUACUGUGCUGCCAAGGGUGCAGAAGGUGUUUCGUUGUAAAGGGAAGUUGCAAGGGAUGGUUUCCUGGGAAAAAUUAGUUUCACAUUAAAGUAGGAAUAGUGCAUGUUUCCUUCUGUUAUCCCCUUUUGUUCUGUGACUAGUUACCCUCACUUUGAUUUCAAUGGCCAUGAUCACCUUUGCAUAAAGUGCAUAACGUACCAUCAGUACCACAGUCCCUGAUCUUUGAUGGCUGAGCUGCAAUCUAACAUGUUAAUGUAACUUUAUAAUAAGUGCAAUUCUCUCAUUGUCUAUUAUUAUGCUUAAGAAAAUAUUCAGUUAAUAAACAAAAAGCAGAGUAUUUUACAUAAAGUUCUGUUUUUAAAAAGGCAUUAUUAAAUGAGUCAAGGCUAUGUAGAAAUAUGGAUUUCAGCACCUUCCAAAGUUCAGGCAGUUGUCAGUAGAUAGAAUACUUUUAAAUCAACACACAGAGUGUUUGUCUCACAGUAUAAUAUAAAUAUAUAUAUACACGCACGUGUGCAUAUGCAGACAGUGAGUCUAUCUUUAUAUGUUACUCAUGCUACAAAGGGUAAACUUUAAUGAAUUACAGUGGAUACUCUUUUACAGGCUGCAAUGGAUGCUUCUUUAAUGAGCCAAAUAUGAUGAGACCCUUUUGUUUCCAGUUCAGAUUCUAGCAAUUGCUUUCCUAUAAAUGUUUGGGUUGUGUUUGGUAUUGUUUCUAGUGGUUAAUAGUUUUCUAGUUGCAGUUUACUUUUUUGAAUAUGA